CGUGGCUUCGGGACCUGCAGGGUGGCACCCGGUGUCGCGGCCCCCACCGGGCUUUGUCCCCGGGACCGGCUCCGGGCCUCCCCUGCCCUGCUGGUGACGGGAAGAGUCCGCUGGAAGGGUCGGCCGGGGGCUGGCAAUCAAACGCGGGCCUCCAGCACAGCGCUGUCCUAAGCCCUCAGAAGACUAGAUUCAUCGCCACCCCCUCCCCCGGCCCCUCGCCGACUAGCUGAGGGGGGCCAAACGAACUGCCCGUGGAGAGUUUGGAGGGGGAGGGGGCGAGUGAGACCUGAGUGCCCUUGGCAAAGGGUGAGGCUUGCCCCUCUUUCUCCCCCUUGAGGGCCUCGACCCCACCACCUCACCGGGUUUCGUUGUGAAAAUGCCCCGCUCUUCACUCCCCAGGACGGCCCUGGGAGGAGAGUCCUGAGACACCCCCACUUGUAGCCACCCAACCCACCCUUGCCCAAGGAGUCACCAGGAGGGCCAGUUCGUGACGUUCAGACACUCUAUGCUGUCCUGUGAUCUGCCGAGGCUGGGCAGAGAUUGGAUUACAUUGUGGGAGAGCCCUUGGAGAUUCUGCUGGAACAGACACAUCUCUAGCUGCAUGAGGUGGCCAGGACACUCUCCUUGGGCUCCUUACCCGUACUUCAGGAGCAGCAGAAGUUGUCCACUAAAUUGGAGACCAGUGUGCCUGCUCGGGCCUAGUCGAAAUCAGUUUCCAUCCUGGAAUUGGAGACCGGACACUUUUACACAGACGUUUUUGUUCCACCUUUCUAAUUACAGCAUGGACUCUGAGGGAGAUGAGCCAUCAUCCAAACGAAGAAAACACCAAGGAAUAAUAAAGAGGCAUUGGGAAUCUCUCUGUCUCCCUAAUGCAGAAAAAACGAAGAUCCUAGGACGUAAAAAUAAGGUCCCAAGAUUUAAAGAAGAAAAAUUUGAUUUUUCAGUGAUGUCCUACAACAUCCUUUCCCAGGAUUUACUGGAAGAAAAUUCACAUCUGUAUACACACUGUCGUCAGUCACUACUGAACUGGAGUUAUAGGUUUCCCAAUAUUCUAAAGGAAAUUAAACAUUUGAAUGCAGAUGUACUCUGUUUGCAAGAAGUCCAAGAAAACCAUUACAAAAAAGAAAUCAGGCCAAGCUUGGAAUCUUUGGGAUAUCAUUGUGAGUUCAAGAUGCGAACAGGAAGGAAACCUGAUGGCUGUGCGAUUUGCUUCAAGUUUUCUAAAUUUGCCCUUGUGUCUGCCAACCCAGUGGAAUUUUACCGCCACAAUAUCCCCCUGUUGGACAGAGACAAUGUUGGGCUCGUGUUGCUUCUGCAGCCCAAAUUCCAGUACACUGCUACUCCAGCUGCCCUUUGUGUAGCUAAUACACAUCUGUUGUACAAUCCAAGGCGAGGAGACAUUAAAUUGACUCAACUGGCAAUGCUCCUGGCAGAGAUUGCCAGUGUUGCCCAUCAGAAAGAUGGUCGUUUCUGUCCCAUCAUCAUUUGUGGUGACUUUAACUCUGUUCCUGGCUCUCCACUAUACAGUUUUCUAAGGGAAGGGAAACUCAAUUACGAAGGACUUCCCAUAGGAAAGGUGUCUGGCCAGGAGCAGUCUCCCCGGGGACAGAAAAUUUUGUCUAUUCCAAUUUGGCCUCGAAGCCUAGGCAUCUCACAGAACUGUGUGUACGAAAUACACCAGGCAUCAAAAGUUGGGAAGGAAGGAGAAGCUGUGACAGAAGCACAAACAGAAGAGACAGAGAUCCUAGAAGCAGCUGAAAAAGUACCAUCAAACUUACAACACAGUUUUAGCUUGUCCUCUGUUUACUCCCACUGCCUCCCUGACACUGGACUUCCAGAAGUGACAACCUGUCUCUCCAAAAGUGCCAUCACAGUGGAUUACAUUUUUUAUUCGGCGGCAAAGGAAGAGGAGCCUAUGCAGCCAGGUGCGGAAGUUGCUUUGGUUGGUGGCCUAAAACUUCUAGGUAGACUCUCGCUUCUAACAGAGCAAGACUUGUGGACUGUUAAUGGACUUCCCAAUGAAAACAACUCUUCAGAUCAUCUUCCUUUACUGGCCAAGUUCAGACUUGAGCUCUGACAUUGUUUCUUUUACAGAUGUUAAGUUACCUACAUUACUUUUUCCAUCCCAUGAAGACAAAAAUGUUCAAAGCAACUUGCAUGCUGAAUUCUUGUGUAGUUUUUAAAAAAGUGUUUUAAAAUGAUUAUAGUACUUUGUGGUUCAGCAUGAUGAACAGGAACAGGUUUACAUUUAUUUCUCUUUUUGAUAAAAAAAAAAAUGUCAGCCAGACUAUAGUGGAAGAUGGGCAUUAUUUUUCACAAAGAUGUAAAUGCUUUUUAUUAUAAAUCUCUGAAAAAUUGAAUGCGCUUUUCUCUGUUAUCCCAGUAAAGGACUUUAUAUGUUUGUAGCAAGCUUUGUAUGGGCUCCUAAUAGCCACCUUUUGGCUUGGGCAGUGUUCUUUCAAACCACAACUUUUCAGAUGCCCUAAACUAAGUUUCUUUUCUUUCUUUUUUGUAUCUAAUCACUUACUAUGUGCCAGGCACUGUUCUAAGCGCUGGGAUAGAUAGUGUAAUGAGGAUGGGGGGAGGGGCGAGCGAUAUCAGCUUUCUGGAGAGCUAAUUAGCUGCUCCAACAUCAAUAGUGGUUACAAUCCCAAGGAUUCAAGGAGCACUGUUCUGAAGGAGCUUUUUUUAGAAGAGCUAAAAUGAUGUACAAAAAAAUAAAGGUCUUACCUUUAAUGUGCCUGCAUGUUGCUAGGGAGAAAGAGGCUUGGGAAAUACAUACUCAGCAGGACCAGCAUCCAGGACUAAUUUUUUCAAGCUUUUUCACAAAUGUCUGAUCUUGGAGAUUCAGUUCUGAAACAAAAUGGUCAUCAAAUAGAGGAUAAGACCUCUCUCUGGGUUGCUGUUUCCCUGGCCUUUUUCCAUUCAAUUUUAGGAAAGACUCCAAACUCUCUAAAAAGAGGGAUGUUUGACUUUCUUAAAUGUGCUCAGUAGAAACUCAGUUUCAUUAACAAUGGCCAUAUUUCAGCUUGGUUAAGUGGCUGCCACAGAAAAUGACCCCUUUUGUUCCUUAACCUCCGAAAUAGGAAAUAGCUAAGAGGAUCUGCAAGCUAGCAGCUGAGGAAGGGCUCAUCUGUUCUUAAAACUUCAGUCUUGCUUCCUAAGGUGUCCUCGGUUCUACUGCCGCAUUUUCAAGUUUUUCUAUUACCAGGGCACUUUGAGGGGCUGUGGUGUAGAUUAGGUCAUUAGUAUUGUUAUAUAUUCAGCACAGUUGGGACCACUAAGAAGUCUGAGUUCAACUCUCUAGAGGGGACUUAACCCUGGCUGGGUCUAAAGAAUAUGGAAUAUUUUUGAGAGGAAUUUUCAAAUCAGAAAGUACUCUUGGACUUAAAUCUGCAAAGUGGUAAAUCUAACAUUUACAGUAGCAACAACCUACUGUUAGCAGUGAUCAUGUCAGGUAAGGUCUUUAGAGCCACAUCCACUGAGUUUUGUUUUGAGGCAUGUUUUUGCAAUGCAUUCUGGCUAGCCUCUUUAGAGCCAGGGUGGUGCAGGUUCAGAAGAAAUAAUUUGUGAGGCAUCUAAAAGGGUGAGUACUUAAGCAUGCAUCCUCCUUAAGGCAGUGUUUCACAGGAAUCCAAUUCCUGUGUAUUUGGGAGAAUUGAGGCAUCUAUAAUCCCAUCUCCAAGCCCCUAGGGACCCCUGAGGUCUGCUGGACAGGCUGCAUUUUAGCAUUCACCAUCCCAGCAGCAGCCUUCUCCCAACAGCACCCAAGAUGGGGAUGGAGGAGAAACUUGCUCUGGUUGCCCAGGCAGAGAGUGAUCAAGAAAGAUCACUCUUAGGGGAAGAUGCCGGAAUUAUGUGUUCUCAGAGAGGGGGUGUUUGGGGGGAGGGGAGUGGAGGGCAGGGUUGUCUUUGGGGAGGGGAACCAGCUGUUCAGCUAAUCACAAUUUACAAAGGGCAAAGGAAUUCCCUAUUCCCUUCCCACGGGGAAGUUACCUGAAUUACAAAUCUGUAGCAGAUGAGAGCAAAGAGUCCACAGCUCUGGGCAGCAGACACUCCCCAACCAACUGGAAGUUACCCCCAAGACUGCAUGUACGGGUAGUGUUGAGAAGAAUCUUCAAUGCUUUUUAGUGCAUCCCUGCUGUUUUGUGGGAGAUAAUACCAGCAGUGAAUCCCCUUUUCAUCAUUAGAAAACAAGGCUAUUAGCAUUGCCUUUUCUGCUUCUCAGACAUUUUGUCAAGUGCAGUUUGUUAUUCCUCUGGUUUUGGGAUCAAAGUACACUUGUAAUGAAUAUAUUUACACAAAGUCUUAAUACUGAAGUUCUUAAUUUAGGCACGUCACCCUAAAAAUGAAGGCAGUAGAAUUAAAUUUCACACCCCACAUUUACCAUAUUUUAUAAAAGCAUUUAGUUGUAUGGCUUUUUUUAAAGCAUAUCAUUCCCUGCCCCAGAAUUAACUGGGUUAGAGGGAAGUAACAACAGCAGGGAUUUAUUCAGUAAAACAUUACAAGACAACUACUUGUUUUUACUUGAUUCCAUCUAUGAUUUAAAAUAGUUUAAUAGGGACUAGAAUUUUCCCCCAUCUCUAUGUUGUCAGUGGCCAAGUACUACUUGGCAUGUGGAUUAUGCAAAUGACCAAAUGCAGUUGUUAAAUCAGAGAGACCUAUAGCAAAACAUCCCUUUUUGAUACUGAGAAAAGAAAAUGGAAAUAGUGACCUGUGGUCAUGAGUGAAUACAUUAAUAGGCAAUGUCACUGUUCUGGUGGGAGGCAGGCAAACCUACAUGAAAUCCAAACUUUGAGGAUAUUGGGUUUUUUGGAUACUCUAAGCAAUAUAAAAUUAAGUUUUAGAUCAUUUUCAACUAACAUUUCACUUUGGCAACUAAAAGUCAGACAAUCCUAUUCCCUUUAGUUUCCCCACUUUGUAAAAGAAACACUGUCGGUAUGGUAGCAUUCUCAUUGACUUUACAGUCCAUCUAAAGAAAUCCAUUUUUCAUUCACCCUGUCUUUAUUCAUUUCCUAAAUUGAGAUUGUGACUGUGGCCUAGUGAUUGAACUUUGUCUCCACCAGGUAAUAGCAAUAAAUUCUGACUAUGAUGAAA